AUGAUAUCUCAAGACUACCCUUCCAAGGACAUAAGGAAUCACACAGAACCGAGCGAGUUCAUUCUGCUGGGAAUACCUCAGACCAAGGGACUGGAGACUGUGCUCUUUGUCAUCUUCUUGUUCAUCUACUUCUUCACCUUGCUUGGCAAUUUACUCAUCCUGAUAACCAUCAUUUCUUCCUCUACACUUCACUUUCCCAUGUAUUUCUUCUUGGGACUCCUAUCUAUUUUUGACGUAUUUUUCCCUUCUGUAACUUGUCCCAAGAUGCUUUUCUAUCUCUCUGGUCAGAGCCAAGCCGUCUCUUAUAAUGGGCGUGCUGCACAGCUCUUCUUUUAUCAUUUGCUGGGUUGUACUGAAGGCUUCCUCUACUCUGUUAUGGCUUGUGAUCGCUGUGCCAUCUGUCACCCACUGAGGUAUAUGCUUAUCAUGAAACUUAGGGUCUGUGUGAGUUUGGUCAUGGGCGCCUGGUUGGUGGGUUGUCUUGAUGCCACCAUAUUGACCUCCUUUACCUUUCAGUUAACCUACUGUGGUCCCAAUCAGGUAGACUACUUCUUCUGUGACAUUCUUGCUGUCUUACUCCUGGCUUGUGCUGACAACUUCCUGGCCCAGAGGGUGAGUUUCACUAAUGUUGGCCUUCUGGCUUUAAUGCUUUUGCUCAGUAUUUGUGUCUCCUACGAUCGCAUGGCAGCAGAAGGCAGGCAGAAAGCUUUCUCCACCUGCAGUGCCCACCUCACUGCAAUACUCUGUGCCUAUGGGCCUGUAAUCAUCAUCUAUCUGCAGCCCGCACCCAAACCCUUUCUUUGUGCUGUGGUGCAAAUAUUAAAUAAUCUUGUCUCACCCAUGCUGAACUCAUUAAUCUAUUCCUUAAGGAACAAGGAAGUAAAAAGAUCCCUGAAAAGCGUGUUCCACAAUGUAGUGCUUACUGUUCUGGAAUAA